AUGUCGCAAUCAGGAAAUGCAAUGAUCGGAAAAUUAGCCAAUGUAAUAAAUGAUGAAAAUUACUAUUAUGUUGGUGUAAAAGCAUCUCCAUUUGCAAAUGAUUGUGUUGUCUUUGGUUUAAAUUCGGAUGAAAUUUUGGCUCUUUCCAAGCGUUUUCCGAAUUCUGGAUCAGAUGUGGUCAACGGUGUUAUGAUCAAAGGACCACCUUUUUCCAUCAUUAAUGCCUUGGCAGAAUUAGGAUAUCGAGUUAUUUGUAGCACGGGGGAGGCCGAAAUACUUUGGACAUUGCAAAGGGAAUUGUAAAGUCAACAAUUUAUAUUCUCAGGAUUAUAUUUAUAAGAGAAAAGUACCAUUUAUAUACAAGACAAAUGCGAGUAAGCUUGCUAAUAUGCAUGCAAAUUGAAAAAAAAAAAAUAUUAUAUUAUUUAUUUAUAUACGAAAAAUUUAUACAUGUAAAACACAUAGUAUAUGAAAUUCAUUUUUAUUAUCAAAUUUUUAUCAACAUUUUUUAACUUACUCUCGAGAUAUGUAUUUUUUAUGGGAUAUAUUUGUAUUAGUUAAUAGUUUUUCAUGAAAAAUUUUGGCAAUACUUUUCACAUAUUAUAUUCGUAAAAGGUAUAUAAUAGAUUCAAACAAUCAUCGAAAUGUACAUUAAAUGCAUUUAAUUUUUGCAAUUUUCAAGUGAAUUUUAAAUAAAAAGUCUUCAGUUCAUUUUUAUAUGAAUUAAUAAUAAUAAUAAUAAUAAUAAUAAUAAUAAUAAUAAUAAUAAUAAUAAUAAUGAUAAUGAUAAUGAUAUUAAUAAGACUGUAUAAGAUAUAGAUUCCAGUUUCUACAUAUUUCCGAUUAAAUUAAUGUUUUUCUUAGUAGUUAAUUAUUUUACUUAUUAAUAUAAAAAUGCAUAGAAAACGAUCAUUAAGCAAGCAUAAAAUUAUAUAAUAGAACAUAGAAAUGAUAAAAAAAAUAUGCUUAAUUUUAUUAAUUAUUUUUAAUUUGUGCAGAAAUUAUUAAUUAACAGUUGUUUAAAUAAUACAUUAAAAUUCAGAAUUUUUCUUUUAAUAAAGAAAUUUGAUGCAUUUGAUAUAUCAAAUUGCAUGAUAUGCAAUAUGCAUUUUAAUUUUAAAAAAAAUUGUUAUUUUUUAUCUAUAUUCGAAAUAUUAUUUAUAAUAUAUAAUGCAUGGAAUCAAAACUAGGAUUGUUAUAUAAUGUGCGAUAAAAUUUGUAUCAUAUUCAAUAUGUGUUAGCACAGCAUCACGCUUCGAAAUGAAAAGAAAUUAUAUACUAAUUAAUCGAUAUAUUCUAUUUAUUACAAAAUAAUUGAAACACGAUAUGUUAUGUACACAUAAAAGUCAAUUUUAUAUAUCGACCUUAUUUUCAUAUAUGAAUUCGAUAUAUUCACUAUAUAAAUAUAUAUAUAUAUAAAAUAUAUGUAAACGAAAUAAAUUUUUUUGCAUAUUGUAAAUGAAAAUUUGUUAAAAAAUAUAUAAUUAAUAUAAUCUAAAAA